CUCAAAGGACAAAGCAUGCUAUGCUACUCUCCUUCUGAGUCACACUGACUGCAUACUGCACUUCGGUAAUGCUGCUGCCAUAUAGCAGCCUGCCAAAACCCCAUCAACUGUACCAUUAUCUGAACAUUCUGAUUUCCAAAAUACCAUCCAAAAUUUCACAAAAAAGGACCAUCCCAACUCUUCUAUUGGUGCUAAAUUUUAAUACACCAAAGAAAGGCCACAAAGACGUGGGAGAGUCGUCUCAGAAUCAUGGGGAUGAGGUGCUUCCUCAUUCUUUAACCAUUGCUGCGUUGGUAGGACAAGAUGAUUACUUUCAAAAUGCUUUUGUAAUGACUUCGAGUUUCCAGACUCACCCAAUAAACCAGAACCCGCAAGGCAUUGAAUUUCCCGAGGAGAUUUCACUCGAACCUGAUUCAGGACAGUCCAACCAGAGGAAAAGAAAACUCUUUGAAUUAGAAAACUCGAAAUGUCUCCAACAAGAGGUUGCAGGGGUGUCUCAAGGACUUGAGAGGAACCAAAAUGAGCAGCAGCAGCCUAAACAAAAACGUCGUGGUAAAUUGCAUACGAUUUCAGAGAGGCGGCGCAGGGAGCGUAUUAGAGGAAAGAUUCAAGCUUUGCAAGAAUUGAUACCUAACUGUAACAAGGUCUCAUUUUUUUCUUCAUUUUUCCUUAUUAUCAAUCAAUCUCUGACACUAUAUUAAUCAAGUAUAAUACUUGUUAAUGACAUGAGUUUAACCCUGACUUGUAAUUAACAUUAGAGUAACGAUCCCAACACUGGAAUUCUUGAAAUCCCUUCUUUGUUG